AUGCCAUCUUGGGUUAAAUAUAAUGAAACUCUUACAGCGACAGAAAUAUAUGAGAAGAGAUAUGUAAGACCAUUACCCAAUAAAGGCGAUAUCUAUGUAGGAUCACCUUGGAAGACGGGAAAAACAUAUGUUCUAGAGCAUAUUACUAUAUCUGACAAUGUGAAUUUACUAGUAUUAUCUAUGUGUCACUCUUACUCGAAUGCUGUUACUACAAGACUCAAUCUCAAAUCAUAUUGUGAUAUUGAUGAUAAUAUAAAUCUACCCAAUCACAAGAAG